AUGUCCGCUCCCAGCACUGCAUCGUCGAGCCCGCCUGCAACUAGCCCUGGUGGCCAAGAUAUCGAUUGCAGGUGGAACGCAGACGAUGGCUUGGAUGCUGGACACUACGGCAACCCAGUACAUGUAUCGAGCAGCCACGAACGUGACGAUCAACCGAGGGCCAGGGAGACUGGACUAAGGGCACAAAGUGAUGUUGCUGGUGACCCAGAUAUGAUGACAGAAAGCAACAUAAGACUGGCUGGAAAUGACGGAGGAAAUGAGGAUAGAGAUGAUCUCGAAGUGUCUGUUACACAUCAAUAUAUCUCCGCUGGAUCGGCGAACCAAGAAGAAACAACAGCAGCACAGAAUAGUUCGAGCUUCGGACGGCAAGUACUACCGAGCCACCCAGCCAGAGACCGCAAAAGACGCUUGACCAGCUCAAGCAACCACGAUCGAUUGCAACGCGCACGCUCCGGAGACUUGGCGAACUUGAACACCCAAUCCUUGUUACCUCAGCGAUCAGUCUCCAUGGUCAUUCCAACAAGGGGAAAGUACGGUUUGAAUGGCCCAGGGUCAACAUAUGCAACAGCCAUUGAUAUCACCUCCUCGCCUCCAGAUGCUGGUCCAUCUGCCAGCCGCCGAAACGCUGAUUCGCCUUCUAUAACAGAGUCAGCAAGCUCUCGAGGCAGUGGCCAAGGCCGGUCUGAUACACGCAUACUUUGGGAAUCAGACUCUGGGUCUGGCGCGCUCCCUCCGUCCACUUCGUCGGCGAUCCAUCCUCCACAGGCUCUCAGAGCUUCCCAGGAAGAAGGAGAAAUGGAGACGAGUUUGCCGCGAUGGCAGCCCGAUGCGGAGGUGACGAAUUGCCCAAUCUGUGGGGUGGUGUUUAGCUUUUGGUAUCGAAAACAUCACUGCAGGAAGUGUGGUCGGGUUGUUUGUGCCUCUUGCUCCCCUCACCGAAUCACCAUCCCCAGGCAGUAUAUUGUCCGCCCGCCUGAGUCCUCGCACAUCUAUGAACACUCUCCCACGCCACCGCGUCAAAUCGUUGAUCUGACCGAAGAGGAUCCAAUUGAAUUACCAUCGACCCUUAAUCCUGCUCUCGGUGGCGGAGAAGAAGUGCGCCUCUGCAAUCCAUGCGUACCAGAUCCGAACCCCAACCCACUGGGUUAUGGGCGGACGCGAGGCCAUCGCCCUUCCCAUUCUUUGCCAUCCGGUAUGGGCAACCGCUUCUCUAGCGAUUCGGAUGAGAGCUCCGCGAACCGACAAGCUCCCCGGCACUACAGUCCUGAGUUCCUGCGGGCUAUGGGUAACAAUGGGCGGCGGAGCCUCCGCGAGGAAGAGGCCGACUACGAAUCUCCCCUCGAUCUGACCACCUCCCAUCAGCGCUCGGCUCCAUGCGAGCAGGAUCUAUGUCCUAUCUGCGGGCGAAGAUUCCCUGCCAUCAGCCAAGAGCAGCCGAUAGAGGCACGCGAGGCGCACAUUCGGCAGUGCAUCGACAAUUACGGUGCCCCGGCUGCAGCGCAACCCGUUUUCUCCGCGCGCCGGGGCCCGGCACCGCCUCCGCCUCCGCCACCAGUGUCUCGAAUGCUGGAGUUCACCGCCACGGAGAAGGAUUGCAUCGGCGAGGAUGGAGGUCCCGCCGAGUGCACCAUCUGUAUGGUGGACUACGAGGGUGGAGAUUUGUUGGUCCGCUUGGAGUGCUUAUGCAAGUUCCAUAAGCACUGCAUUCUGGACUGGUUCGUGCACAAGAUGGAGUGCCCAGUGCACAAGGUGGCAUAG